CAAGUCUCUCCGCCCUCGUCAACAAUCCUAUGAGCUAAAGUCUUACGGGCAUCUUCCUUGGCACCUUCGUUAAUGUUCCUCGAGGAAAGCUAUUGCUCGCUUCCUACAAGAAUCCAUAUCAGCGGCGACUAUAUCUAUUAUAAACGCCAGGGUUCACCCGGUUUUAGUGAUCAAGAACAAGUAUAUAUAUAUAUCCGACUCCUCUUAGAAGGGAAUUAGUUGCGAAAAAAUGGCCGUCAAGGUGCUAACGGCGCUGGACCUCGCCAAGACUCAAUACUACCACUUCAAGGCCAUCAUGAUCGCCGGCAUGGGGAUGUUCACCGACGCCUACGACCUCUUCUGCAUCACCCCCGUCAAUGCGCUUAUCGGCCGGAUCUACUACGAACCCCAGGGGUCGGACCCCGGCGUCAUGCCCCCGGCGGUGGUCUCGGCGAUGGUCGCCGUCUCGCUCAUGGGCACCAUCAUCGGGAACCUGGUAUUCGGCGCUCUCGGCGACCGCAUCGGCCGGCGGCGUGUCUACGGGCUCACCCUCCUCCUCAUGGUCUCCAGCUCAUUCGCCUGCGGCUUCUCCCUCGGCCGCACCCGCGGCUGCGUGCUCUCGAGCCUCUGCUUCUUCCGCUUCCUGCUCGGCAUCGGGAUCGGCGGCGACUACCCGCUGUCGGCGACGAUCAUGUCGGAGUUUGCGAACAAGCGGACACGGGGGUCGUUCAUCGCGGCCGUGUUCUCGAUGCAGGGGUUCGGGAUAUUGGCGAGCUCGGCGGUGACGAUGGCGGUCACCAGGGCGUUCGAUGGGGCCACCGAGGAUUCGCACAUCAGUCCGCUGCACACGCCGGAGGGAGCGGACCUGGCGUGGCGGAUCAUACUGAUGAUGGGAGCCAUUCCGGCGGCCCUGACGUUCUACUGGAGGAUGGCCAUGCCGGAGACCGCCAGAUAUACAGCUCUAGUGGAACACGAUGAGAUCAAAGCGACCGAUGACAUGGGAAAGGUGCUUGGAGACUUCGAUCUGCAGUCGGUUGUCGAACAUUCAGAUACCUCACUUGUGCUGCCGCCACCGCUGCCUCCUACCUAUGGUCUCUUCUCCAAGCAAUUCCUAAGAAGGCAUGGCCGAGACCUUUUUGCUUGUUCCAUGGCAUGGUUCCUUGUCGAUGUCCCCUACUACAGCAACACCCUCUUCCAGUCCCUAGUCUAUGAACCUUGGUUCCCCAAGGCUCAAAAUGUUAAUGCUUAUGUAGAAGCCUACGAUGUUGCAAAGUUUCAGGCAAUCAUCGCCGUUGCCUCAACAAUCCCGGGCUACUUUGCUACCAUGUACUUCAUCGAUCGCAUCGGGAGGCGAAAAAUCCAAAUGAUGGGGUUCCUCUUCAUGGCAAUUUUCAUAUUUGCGUUGGCAGGGCCAUAUGACAAGUAUUGGCACAACCACACCAAAGUUGGGUUCAUCAUUUUGUAUGGCUUUACCUUCUUCUUCUCAAAUUUUGGACCUAACACGACAACAUUUAUCGUGCCGGCCGAGCUCUUUCCAGCCCGGUUCCGGUCGACAUGCCAUGGGAUCUCAGGAGCAGCAGGGAAGGUAGGCGCGAUGAUCGGAGCAAUAGGAUUCCUUUGGGCUUCUCGGAGUAGGAAGAAGAAGGAGCCAGGAAUUGGAAUGAUGAAUGCCUUGAUUAUUUUAGGUGGUGUUUGUGUUGUUGGAACGGUUGUAACCUAUUUCUUCACCACCGAGACUAUGAUGAGGUCUUUGGAGGAGAAUGAAGGUGGAGAAAGCAAUCACAGAGAGAAUGACCGGGAGCUUAAUGGAAGGGAGCUCCCAACAAGUACAACAAACUCAAGUCCACUCAGUACCCGACCUAUUCGUGGGUGGUCUCCUUUGGCUUCUCCUCUGUAAUUAAGAAUGAAAGGAUUGUGCUAUAGUUUUCAGUUUUCCGAUUUUUGUCUCAAAUAGGGAGCUUUAAUGUGUUAGGUACACGAGUUUGUAUCACAUUAGAAAAAAAAUAUAUGUCAUGAAAUAAUAGGAUGCUUUAAUAUGCUAUAUAUUAGCGUGUUUUGCACGCUGUGGCCCAAGUCGUCGUAAACUAGUGAUAUGGACUCAAGUUGCAGAACCAUCCGUUGAAUUGUAGGAAUUUUCUAUCGUUGCUAGGAAUCUGGAAUUCCUCAAAUUUAGUUGGAUAAGUUGACAUGGCGUUGAAAUAAAAGGACUUGUAUGAU